AUGACUGGGUUAAAUUUUGACAACUACCAAAGAAACCAAUUCUUAACCACAAAGGGAUUUGCCCAACCAAAAGCUACAUCAACAGGUACAACAAUUGUAGGGUGUCAAUUUAAAGGAGGAGUAGUUAUAGCAGCAGAUACAAGAGCAACUUCUGGUCCUAUAGUAGCAGAUAAAAAUUGUGAGAAAUUACAUAGAUUAGCACCACAAAUAUGGUGUGCUGGAGCUGGUACUGCAGCAGAUACUGAAAUGGUUACUCAAUUAAUUGGAUCAAAUUUAGAAUUACAUUCAUUAUCAACUAAUAGAAAACCAAGAGUUAUAACAGCUGUAACUAUGUUAAAACAACAUCUUUUCAAAUAUCAAGGUCAUUUAGGAGCUUAUUUAAUUGUAGCUGGUGUUGAUCCAACUGGAGCUCAUUUAAUGUCAGUACAAGCACAUGGAUCAACUGAUGUUGGAAAAUAUCAAAGUUUAGGUUCAGGCUCAUUAGCAGCAAUGUCAAUAUUAGAAACAAAUUUUAAAGAAGAUAUGAAUAAAGAAGAAGCUAUAGAAUUAUGUUCAAAAGCUAUAUUAGCAGGUAUAUGGAAUGAUUUAGGUAGUGGUUCAAAUGUAGAUGUUUGUGUAAUGGAAAUUGGUAAAGAUGCAAAUCUUAUGAGAAAUUAUAUUACUCCAAAUGUUAGAAUUGAAAAAACAAGAAAUUAUACUUUUAAACCUGGUACAACUGCAGUUUUAAAAACUUCUAUUAGGGAUGUGUGUGAUAUACAAGAAGAGAUAGUUGUAUAG